AUGGAUCAAGGCAAGCAAGUAUGUGUUAAUCUCAAUGAUGAGUUGAAUGCCGAAAACCUUAGGGGAGCUAGUGAAGGUUCUUCAUCUCAAAGUGUACAGGCUAAUGAAAUGGUUGAAGCCAAUGAUCCAUCAUUUAAAUUUAAUAAUCAGAAGCCACUUUGGGAAUUGACUGAUGCAGAGAUAUGGAAAAUGCAAUUUGAUACGGUUCAUCAUGCAACCAAAUUCUAUUACGACUAUGCACGUGAGAUUGGUUUUUGUGUGAGGAAAUCUGACAAGUGUGUUUACAAGGGAUGUCAUGUUUCCCAAAAGUUUGUUUGUUCAGCCCAAGGUGAACGAAGACGUAUCAAAGAGAACAGGAUAAGAGCACCUAAGAAGUUGACUAGGUUUAAUUGCAAUGCAUCAUUUCAGGUGAAAUUAGACCGUAAGACGCGGAAAUAUGUGGUUACAUGUUUUGUUAGAGAUCAUAGUCAUGAUCUUGCUCCAUCUCCUAGCUCUAUGUACUUACGUUUGCAUGGAAAGGUAACAGAUGGUGAUGAGGCUCAAGUAGCUACUCUGAGGAAUGCAGGGGAGAAUCAUAAUGACACUGAUCGAAGAGAUUCCAUUAGCACUGAGGAUGCUGACAGUGCAUUACUAUAUUUGGAAUCAAAAGCUUUAAAGGACCCUGGUUAUUUUUACAGUCACACAGUUGAUGAACGUGGUUACCUUCAAAACUUAUUAUGGACGGAUUCAAAGGCUCGUUUUGAUUACUAUUGCUUUGGUGAUGUGCUGAUUUUUGAUUCUACAUAUCGGACUAAUGUCUAUAGGAAACCUCUUAUCGUCUUUUUUGGUAUGAACAACCACCAUCAAACGGUUAUAUUUGCUGCUGCCUUACUAGCAGAUGAGACUAAGGGCACUUAUAUGUGGAUGUUGAAUACAUUCUUGAAGGCAAUGAAUGAACGAAAACCGAUUUCUGUUGUCACUGGUUGUGAUAAGGCAUUGCGAAAAACCAUCAAGAAUCUUUUGCCAGAUGCCCGGCAUCGGCUAUGUUCUUGUCAUAUCAGUGGGAAUGUAGUGAGUCACUGUGCAAAUUUAAUUGGUGAUUUUAACAGCUGUAUGAAUAUGGAAGGUACCCCCAAGCAGUUUGAGGAGGCUUGGAAGAAAACAAUUAAUAGAUACAAUCUAGGUGACCAACAAUGGCUCAGUGACCUUUAUAGGAAAAGAGACCAGUGGGCAGAAGCUUAUCUACGUGGUCAUUUUUUUGCUGGUGUGAGGACAACCCAACGGCAUGAAAGUGAGAAUGCCUAUGUGAAGUGUUAUUUAACUAGCAGAAAGAACUUAACAGAGUUCUUUCGAAAUUUUGAAAUUUCUAUAAUGAACAACCGACAGCGGGAGGUGGAGGCAGAUUUUCAAUCAAAGAUGAAAAAGCCUGUUAUAGGUGAACAGUUGAAGAUAUACAAGGAGCAAAUGAGUUCUGUGUACACAAAAGCUUCAUUUGAGAAAUUUUGUAUGAUUGCAGAUGAGGAAACAAACUUUGUUGUGGAUAGUACAGAGUGCUUAAAUGACCACCAACGUAUACAUUUUGUUUGCAAAUGGGAUAUUCCGGAAUCCAGAUGGAGGGUGUUAUUUGAUUCUUCAAGCAUCGAAGCAAAGUGCUCAUGUCUAAAGUUUGAGGAAUUAGGAUUUCCUUGUGUUCAUAUGAUUGCUGUGUUUAAGGUGGAACACCUUCGCCUCAUCCCUGAAAGUUGCAUUAUGAAACGCUGGACUCUAAAUGUGAAAGACAGUAUUCAUCAAGAGGAGAAUAUUGCCUCGACCCUUGUUUCCAAGGUUGCAUCAACAGGUCGCUUUAUUGAGCUAUUAAAUUCUGCUUAUGCUGUCUGUUACGUAGGUGCAAAAUCCCAUACCACAUUCUCCGAGGCCAUGGUUGGUUUGAAUGCUCUGAAAAUGUUCUUGGAAGGAGUGGAUGUUGAUAGAGGAACAAGAUUUCAAAACAUUUUUGGAGGUCAGACGGGUGCUAGAAACAUAAAUAAAUGAGGAAGCUUUGGUUCAUUACCCAUACCCACCUAGUGGAAAUCAAGGGUAACAAGUUGGAAGUUGACGGGGAUUCCCAAGUUGUAGUAAGAUGGAUGAAUGGAAACAAGAAGGCCCCAUGGAAAUACAUAUGUCUUGAGAGAGAGUAAUAGAAGAGAUAAGAGUGAAAGUGUGAUGGAUACCAUGAGCAUUUUUUGGGCUGGCGGCUGCUUUGGCAAAAGAAGAGGCAUUAAGGGAGCAAUUGUACCGGGGUCAAGUGGUUUAAAGCAGUCAUAUCUUGUGUUUUUUUUUCAGGGCCACAAGAAUCGGAUAACUAGCAUAUCUUGGGACAACAACAGCUAGUUCCAAUCUAAUCAAUCUGCUGUUGGCAACCUCUGAGGUCAAGAUUCUAACAAAGAAAAGAUAAGAUCCUGUGACAUCAACUGAAAUCUGAGCGACUGAUGGCUUUCACAAUCCUUAACAGAACUCUAUUAUCAUUGACAAUGUUAGAUCUGAUGAUAUCUGUUUGUGUUAUACAGACACUGACCCUUUUUUUGAAGUUUUGAGGUCUCAUAUCUCGUCAGAAGCAAGACUGGAUCUAUUGUUAUCUGAUUGGUAAAGACAGUGAGAAUAUCUAAAACCAUUAUUUUGCUGCCAUCUUUACUUUGGAGGGCUACAAGAAUAGGAUUACUGGCAUAUUUUUGGAACCAGUUCAUCCGAAUGCUCCAUGUUACCAAUGUGUAAGUUGCAGUAUCAAUGGUGAUGCGUGAAUUUGGGAUGUUUAAUUAAGGAAAUCUGUUAUUUGUCUUAGUGGUUCACUUGCAGUGACUUGUCUGAAUUGGGUAGCAGGGUAGGAGAUGGAAAAUCAAUAUAAUUCAACCAUAAACUCUCUAACCAUGUGUAGUUCUUUCUUCACAUCCUUGGGGUCCAUUAAUUUCACUUGAUGAAUUUAUUGUUUGUUCACCAAUUUUUAAAUCCUUAUGGUAUA